AUCUGGCAGGCCAGAAGAAUGUUUGAGGGAGAAAUGGCAAGCCUGGAAGCCAUCCUGAAAACACAGACGAUAAAAGUGCCUAAACCCAUCAAAGUUAUAGACCUGCCCGGGGGCAGUACUGCAUUUGUGAUGGAACAUUUGGAAAUGGGAGGCUUAAACAGACAUUCAGCACUGCUUGGAACUCAGCUGGCUGAUCUUCACCUUCAUAACCAGAAACUUGGAGAGAAGCAGAAGAAAGAAGGGAACACAGUUGGUACAGUACACAGCUGUUUGCAAAUUCAACCCAGUUGAUGAUAAUCUACAAAGCAGUUAAAAUGACUUUUGCUACUUCAGGACAAGUUCAUCUUCCCUCGAAAACAGAAUGAGAAUAGGUUUGGAUGAAGCAAACCUGGGGAGGGUUUAUUUUUGAUUUUGUUUGCAUUGUUUGGGUCUGUGUAAGCAAAACACUCAGUAUUGGACCCUUUUUUGGAGCCCAAACCACAGUUUCUACAAGGACAUGGUAUC